AUGAACACAAGAGCCAAAAAAAUAAUGGGUAUGUUACAAACACCUAUAAGUUCCGAUAGACCGCCAGAUUUAGUGAGCAAUAUAAUCAGUGUAGGACUAGAAAACGAACAUCACUGCACUAAAGUCGACGUCAUUGUGGAAAAUAUUGAACCUGCAGCAGGACAGGGCAAUGCAGAAAAUUCCUCAAAUUACCCUGAACUGACCGAGUUGAAAAACGUUCCUAUUGAAAGAGAUACAAUAGAAGAUGACGAUUCCACAACUUCGUCAUUGGAACGUGAUAAUCCUUUUUCUACCGACUCGGAUUCGGAUUAUAUACCUGAUACUGAUGAUACAAGAAACAAUAAUCGCUCUCUUGUAAACUAUUUUUCAAUGUCAAGUGAAGAUGAUAACAAUGAAAUCAUAUCAUCUGAAGAGGAAAACCAAACAAUUGCUGAUGGCGAAGAACUCGAACCACCGAAGUCAAGGAAAAGGAAACGGAAAGUGAAUGCCUGGAAAAGAAAUGAGAUGAAAAAACGAAGAAAUUUGGGACAAACAUAUACAAACACUAAAAAUGAAAUGGUACCAGAGAGAAAAUUGAAAGCGGCUUGUAAAAAUACCUGCAGACUGAAAUGUGUGAAUAAAAUAUCAAAAGACAUGCGACUUUCCAUUUUUUCUGAAUAUUGGGCACUGGGAGACGUUAAUCGCCAACGAGAUUUUAUUCUAAGGUUUGUUGAUUUUAGAAAAAAAAAUCGACAACGUCUUCGUCGAAACCAGAAUGUCCAAAGACAAGAGGAUAUUAGUGAUGAAGAUAAUGACGUGAAUGUGGGUGAUAAUAGUCGUAGAAAAAUGACUUACUUUUACCAUUUGUCUUCAGAGGAAGGAGAAAGAGAAAAAGUCUGUCAAACGUUUUUCCUCAAUACACUUGGAAUAAGUCACCAAGUUGUAAAGACCGUAGCAGCGAAGCUCAAUAUAUCAGAAAACAAUGUGGUUACCAUAGAUGGAGAUAAUAGGGGAAGAAAUAACAUAACAAAAACCCGUAUAAGUCAGCGACAAGAUUUUCUAGUAAAGGAUCACAUAAAUUCAUUUGAAGCCGUCGAAAGUCAUUAUACUAGAAAAGACUCUUCAAAGAAAUAUUUACCUGGGUCAUUGAAUAUUUCAAAAAUGUUCAGACUGUAUAUGGAUUAUUGUAAGGAAAACAAAGUUGAUAAGAAAGACAUAGUUCGUGAGUCAAUGUAUCGCUGGAUAUUUGUGAAUAAAUUUAAUAUAGGAUUUCAUAUUCCAAAGAAGGAUCAGUGCGAUCUAUGCGUCAAUUAUCAAAACUCAAAUGAUGCCGAGAAAGUUGAGUUGAAACUUCUCGUCGAAAGUCACCUAUUAAAUAAAGAAGCAAUGCGGAAGAAGAAAGAUGAUGACAAGCUAAAAGCUUCUGCAGAUAACAGUUUUUGUCUGGCAAUUUUUGAUCUUCAACAAGUGUUACAAUGCCCCAAGAUAGAGGUAGGCUCCUUCGCUAACAGUGAAGGUUAUAUUUGA